AUGGAGGAUCUACAUGGUUUGGCCCUCAGAUAUAUGAACGUUCCUGAUCCUACUGAAGCAGCAGCAAGAAGACAAAGAGUCCUUCUAGGGGAUGCUCAGGGCCAAACAGAGGAAGCAGCUGACCGCCUUCUCGCAGACGCAGCAGCAAAACUCCAGACCCUGCAUUAUCAAACACAAGAGCCUCAGAUUGCUAUGGGAAACAACUUACUGCAUGAGGAGUUUCAAGCUAUUACCGAGAGGAGAGAUAACUCGCCAAACUCUAUCCUCCCCUUGAAUAAUAACGAAUCCUCCCCUCACCAGGAAGCAGAACAACCACUACGUCGGAUGGGUAGAAGACGAACCAAACCUGCGAGACUUAGGUCUGUUGUGGUUAGCCCUAUCACUCUGCACGGUACCUCCUCCCGCAAGAGAAAUGUCGCAAUGAUUCAGAGAUCACCAGCCCCUCAAACCUGA